CCUCGUCGAGUUUGGUGAAGUCAGCAUCUAACAUGACAGCAACAGCUUCUAUGCAGCCCUAUGCCUUUGAUCGCCAACAAAGCCUGCUGCAGCUUGACUGCAGCGCUGACUUGCGUCACUAUUCUCGCAAUCUCGGCCCCGGCGUCCAGGAGCGCAUCUUCCAAACCACGAGCGACGCACUAAGAACUCAGCUCGAUGAACACCGCGACUUUCUACUCAAACACCAGAGACAACAGCAACAACAGCAGCCGCAUCUGGCUCCUGUUCCCGUUCCGAGCGGUCCUGCGCCAGCCCUCGCCCAACCGUACACACAUGCUCGGCCUUACGCCCAACCGCCGCAUCCCCCUUCGGUAUCUUCGGUUGUACCGGCCGCAAUAGCAACGCGGAGUCCGACAAAAACGGUACCAGGGGACAUCAAUACGUACCCGCUCGCUCUACGUGAGGCAUUGUACUCGCAGAAAUCUGCGUCACAA